AGCGGAAGUGGCCCUCGGAUAGCAGUGUGUGAUCGUCAAGAGAAAGCCACUUUUUUAACUGUUACAGUUCAUGCAAGAUAACGGGACAGCCAGCUAGAGAUGAUCAGAGAGGUGGACCAUGAUGCACCAUCCUACAGAUACUGGCUGUAGCUCCAUGGGAUUAGCAGUUGCAGCUACUUUUCCCUGACAGCAGGCAUUUCAGAUUUUGUAAACUGGGGACAUCAAAAUGGCAUCGAGUGAGUGUGAUAUUCCAAUCAAAACAGAAAUAGUGGAUAGCCCAGAUCCAGUUGGUCAACAUUCAUUGAAGCCCGAGCUACCUGAAAAGAGUGGAAAAUCUGCAGAUUCAUCUGAGAUUGGCUGCAACACAGAAUAUUCGGACGAAGUUGAUGAUGACGAGGAAACUGAAGACACUGCUGAAGAUGUAAGUGUUGAUCAGGGUGGACCUUCCACAGAACCACCAGAAAAUGAAUCGUCAAGCAAAUCCGACGACCACAGGCCAUAUAUUUGUUCUGUGUGUAGUAAAGCAUUCAAAAAGGCAUACAACUUAAAAGCACAUAUGGAUAUCCACACAGACGGGCAACUGCAUGCUUGUAAUUUAUGCCACAAAACGUUCAAAUCUCGCCAUUAUCUCCGAAAACAUCUUUCCACUCAUAAUCCCGUGAAGAAACAUACAUGUGAAGUUUGUGGCAAGUCUUUUACCCAGAUGUCGCAUCUAAAGAAGCACGAAAUGAUUCACACAGGAGAAAAACCUUAUUCUUGUACUAUCUGCGGCAUGACAUUCAACAAGACAUCUAAUUUGAAUACCCACGUGCGGAGACACACUGGUGAGAGAAACCACACAUGCCCACACUGCAACAAAAACUUCGGAACCUCAAGCGAACUCCGACGUCACGUCAAUAUCCAUACGAAAGAGAAAACCUACGAAUGCGACAUAUGUGACCGGUCCUUCCUACUGUUGGGUAAUCUUCAAAAACACGUGAAAAGAUGCCAUCUUGGAGAGAAGAGAUUCUUGUGUAGUCACUGUGACAAAACGUUUAUGUCGGCUGGGGAGCUUCAGAGACAUAUUGCUGUACACACAGGCGAAAGAAACUUUCCGUGCGAUAUGUGUGAUAAGAGGUACUUUAGUUUAAGAGACCUGAAAAUGCAUGUUAAGAUUCAUAUGGUGAGGGAAAGGACCGUCCCAUGUCAGGUGUGCGAGAAACUAUUUUAUGAUAAAUAUUCACUUAAGGCUCAUAUGCGAAUACACAGCACUAGGCAGUAUCAGUGUAAUGAAUGCCCCAAGAGGUUCUUCAGACCACUUGAUCUGAAACGACAUGAGAAGACUCAUGAACCCAAACCCUUGAAGUGUCGAAUCUGUGCGAGAGUUUACACAAGACAGAAGCGGCUUGAUCAGCACAUGCUUCUACACGAGGCAGAGAGGCCGUUUGUUUGUGGCCACUGCGACAAAGCAUUCACCAUGUCCACCCAGCUUAUGUCCCACAUUGCGUGUAUGCAUUCCGACAAACAGAAUACCCGCUGUGAUGUUUGCCAGAGGAGCUUCAAGACUGUCGACGAUCUGAGCAUGCACUUUAAGGAUCACAUUAUGAAUCGGGUUCAUGUUUGUCUGGAGUGUAGGAAGACGUUUGAGACCGUAGAGCAGCUUCAGGACCACCAGAAGAGCCACCCCGAAUGUGACCGAGGAGAGACCACAUCCUCCAGCACCAACAAGGUGCUGACAGAGAAGUCAGUGGUAGAAGGGGAUCAGGAUGAAAGCAUUCCAGAAUCUGAAUCAGUUGAGGAAGAAGCAUGUCAGCAAGAAGUGUAAUGAUGUGCAGGUUCUGUUACCAUGGUUACAUAUCAAAAAGCAAUUUGUGACUAAAUAUUAUUCCAAUAACUAUAGGAAAGCUACUAGGUUCACAAGCCCUAGACAGAUCGCUGUUAUGACACACAUGCAGAUUCCUUGAAAGAAACGCUACCAAUUUAUGUGCCAUGGAUGAGAAAGAACAAAGUAAUAAGGAUCAGGUGGUAACCAUGGUAACCUGACUUACCUGAUCGUUUGGAUCAUUACAUGUGUUUGGUUAAAAAUUGAUUAGUUACCAUGGUUACCUAAUUUCCUGUUAAUUAUUUGAAACUCACUUUGCGGACAGGG